AUGAAGUUGUUGAAUACGUCUUAUUUAAGACUCUUGAAUUUGAGCAGCAGACCCCAGGUGCUGUUACAUAGAUACUUCUCCGAUAAGGUGAAACAUGGACUUGAAAAAUAUCCCGAAUUAAAUGCCACUGAUUUAGAUUCUGAGGGAAAUCCAGAUUAUGUUAAAUUGAUCUUAACCUCAAAAGUUUAUGAUGUUGUCCAAGAUGCUGGAUCCCCCCUUACUCAUGCAGUCAACUUAUCACAGAAAUUAGGAACGAACGUAUAUUUGAAAAGAGAAGAUUUAUUACCAGUGUUUUCAUUCAAACUUCGUGGGGCUUAUAAUAUGAUUGCAAAUUUACAUGCUAACCCAAACAAAAAACUUGAUGGAGUUAUUGCAUGUUCAGCAGGUAACCAUGCCCAAGGUGUUGCUUUCUCAGCUAAUAAGUUAGGUAUUCCUUCAGUUAUUGUAAUGCCUACAGCCACUCCUUCCAUCAAAUAUAAGAAUGUAAGUAGAUUGGGAUCUCAAGUGGUCUUGUAUGGUGAAGAUUUUGAUUCUGCCAAAUCAGAAUGUGAUAGAUUAAGUAUAGUUCAAAAUUUGACUAAUAUCCCACCAUUUAAUCAUCCAUAUGUUAUUGCUGGUCAAGGUACAAUUGCCUUGGAAUUAACAAGACAAUUAAGUUUGGAUAAAUUAGAUGCGGUAUUUGUACCUGUUGGUGGAGGUGGUUUAAUCUCCGGUGUUGCUGCUUAUCUUAAGAAAGUAGCUCCUCAUGUCAAGAUCAUUGGGGUUGAAACUUUCGAUGCUGAUGCUUUAAAAAAAUCUCAUGAUGCUAAUCAUCUUGAAACUUUACAUACUGUUGGAGCAUUUGCUGAUGGUACAGCUGUUAAAGUCGUUGGAGAAGAAUGCUGGAGGUUAUGUAAGGAUUUGGUUGAUGAUAUUAUUUUAGUUUCAACUGAUGAAUUAUGUGCUGCUAUUAAAGAUAUUUUUGAAGAUACGAGAUCUAUUGUUGAACCUUCAGGUGCCUUAUCUGUUGCUGGUAUGAAAAAAUACGUCAAACAAAACAAAGAUAUUGAUCACAAAACCAAGUCUUAUAUUCCAAUUUUAAGUGGUGCUAAUAUGAAUUUCGAUAGAUUAAGAUUCGUCAGUGAAAGAGCUGUUUUGGGUGAAGGUAAAGAAGCUUCAUUAGUUGUAAGUAUUCCUGAAAGACCAGGUGAAUUCUCAAAAUUACAAUCUAUCAUUGAUCCAAGAUCCAUUACUGAAUUCAGUUAUAGAUACAAUAAUAAUGACCCUGCCAAUAUUUUUGUCAGUUUCAAUGUCACUGAUAAAGAAAAUGAUUUGAAAGAUAUAAUCGACACCAUGAGAAGUCCUGAUUAUGGAUACGAAGUUCAUGAUAUUUCCGAUAAUGAAGUAGCUAAAAGUCAUGGUCGUUAUUUAAUUGGAGGAAAUUUCCAAAAGAAACCUAAUAAAAUUGUAAGAGAAAGAGUUUAUGAAUUUGAAUUCCCUGAAAGACCAGGAGCAUUAUUCAAAUUCUUGAAUACCUUAAAACCAGAUUGGGACAUAACUUUAUUUAAUUAUAGAAAUCACGGUAAUGACGUUGCCAAAGUAUUAUGUGGAAUUGUCACCCCUGAAGAAACAUUAGAAGAAGAUUUCCAAGCUUUCUUAAAGACUUUAGGUUACAGAUUCUCUGAUGAAACCGAUAAUAUCAUUUACAAAAAAUUCUUAAGCUAG